GGUGUUGGACGGGAAAACAUGCUUGCUCAUCUUUUAUCAGCAUGAGUCAGCGCUGUUGCAACACUCACACACACGCGCGCGCGCGCGCGCGCACACUAGCUCACUCCCUCACACACACUUUGACAGAUGAGUGUGUGAAGCUCGCUAAGCUUAUCUCAAAGUCGUCAUAACCUCUAAAGAACCUGGACGAGCCUACGAACAGAUGCCGUCGUACACGUACGCGUGCGCGGCACACCCGGCGCGCGUACUGCGGCGCCUGGACGAACUGCGGCUGCGCGACGCUCUCUGUGACGUCACCGUGCAGGUAGACGGCCGCCGUUUCCACGCCCACCGCGCCGUGCUGGCCUCGUGCAGCGACUACUUCGCCGCAAGGCUCCCACGCACGCAGGCGCCCGAGGACGAUGACGUCACGCUGCCACCCGAGGUAACCGUGGGCGGAUUUGAGCCACUGCUGACAUUUGCCUACACGUCCGAGCUGCUCUUUGGUAAACACGACAUCCUGGAAAUCCGCCAGGCAGCGUCCGUGCUGGGCUUCCGAGACCUGGACUAUGCCUGUUUCGACUUCCUGCUCCCCAAGUUCAGCUCGGACCCGCCUCCGCCGCCAUCAAGGAGGAAGAGGUGCUGUAUAAAGAAGCAGAAGAGCCAGGACGAUCACCACAAAGCUGUCAAACCGCUGGCGAGGGAAGCUGUUCCACCUGGCUGCAUGGAGGGGAAUGACAGGAGGGCCAUAUUCUCAUUUUUUCCAGAUGGGGGCGCAGGAGGACCCAAGUAUCGCAAGUUCCAGCUGGCUUGUGGGAAAGAGAUACCUCAAAAACAUUGCGGAUUAAAGGAGGCCUUUGAAGAAGGAACCAGGUUCUGCAGUGGUGCCAAUCUAAUACCAGAAAUUACUGGAUGCCAGGACGCAACGAAGCCUUCGGGAAAUGGCAGCAGCAAGGGAGACAAAGUGGACAAGAGUCCCAGAUCCAAUUCAGGCCCCUUUCAUCAGGACACAAUAUCAGAAGAUGUUGAACAAGGACCAGGAACAAGGUCCUCAGGUGGUCCCGAGCUAGUACGAGGUACCACGCAGAAAGCUGAACUUCCCAGAAGACUUACAGGGCGCAAGGAUCACGACCAUCUUCCAAGAAAUUAUGCCAAUGUGAGUCCCAGGUCCGACGCAGUCCCCUAUUAUCAGGACCCCAUCACAGAAGACAGAAAACAAGGACCGGGACCCCUAUUCUCUGGUGGUCCCAAGAUGGUUCCAGCUGCUACCCAGAAAGAUGAAGAUCCUGGAAGCCAAAAAGAGGGCAAGAAUGAAGCAGAACCUUCAGGAAAUGGUUCCAAAAAGGGUCCCAGGUUCGACUUGGUCCCCUCAUGUCAGAAAAGCAUCAUAGAGGAACAAGGACCAGGAACAAGGUUUUUUGGUGGUCGUGUUCUGGUACCUCGUGAAACCCGACUAACUUCAAGACUAACAGGAUGCAAGGAGCUGGAUGGGUGUCUCGGGUCUAAUUAUAGCCCCUAUCAUCAGAAAACCUCUACAGAAGAGAGAGAACAAGGAACAAGAAGGAGAUUUUCUGCUGGUCCUGAUCAAGUUGAAGGUGCCAUCCAGAAAGCUGAAGCUCCCAGACACCAAUAUGGACCAGAGUAUCUCAGGUCCGACUCUGGCCCCUCUCAUCAAAACACUAUCACAGAAGAUGACAAAAAAGGACCAGGAACAAGUUUUUUUCGUGAUCCCAAGCUGGUUCCAGGUGCUACCCUGAAAGAUGAAGUUCCCAGUAGACUAAAAGGUCUCAUGGACCUAGCCGAGGAUUCAGGAUAUGGCACCAGCUUGGAACCCAGGUCCAACUUUGUCCUCUCUCAUCAAAGCACUAUCACAAAAGUCGAAGAACAAGGACCAGGAACAAGGUUCUCCGGUGGUUUAGGUCUGGUAGCAAUUUCCGCCCAGAAAGUUGAAGGUCCCAGAACACUAACGGGCUGCAAGGACGUUGACAUGUGUCCUAUGUCCGACGCAGGCCCUUUCCAUCAGGACACCAUCGCAAAAGAUGGUAAACAAAGUCCAGGAAUGAAAUUUUCUGUUGCCACAUGGAGAGUUGAAUGUCUUGGAAGACUGUGCAAGGAUGGAGCAGAUCUUCCAAGAGAUCCCAAAGGAGACAACCUGGACACAAAUUCCGUGUCCGACUCUUCCCAAUUCCAUCAGAAAAUCACAGAACAAGAACAAGAACCAGGAAGACGGUUCUCUAGUGAUCCCAGUCUAGUCCCAGGUGUCACCCUGAAAAGUAAAGCUCUGGGAGACGAGGAGGGAGCAGAGUACCAUGGGUCCGACCCGAGCCCCUCUCAUCAGAGCUGGCUCCAGGUGGACCUCAAGUACCCCUUCCGAGCACAGAAUCAGGACCCGGAGCGAGGUGGAACUCAUUGGAAAGGAGGCAUGCUGUCCGAGAGUGAGGGAGCCUCCCAGUCGGGCCUGUCGUCUCUCAACUCAGGUGAGGAUGGAGACUCGGAGACUGAUGGCGACGGAGAAUGGUGCCCCAGAGAACGGGCCAGACAGGUUAAUCUUCCAUUCUCUGUGGAUUACGCUGUGCGUCUGAACCGCCUGGACCUGCAGAAUCUGCUAAGUCAGCACGCAUUGACACGCCAGCAGCUAGAUUUGAUCCAUGAUAUCCGGCGGCGUAGCAAAAACAGACUGGCCGCACAACGCUGCCGCAAGAGGAAGCUGGAGUGCAUCGCCAACCUGCAGGAGGAAAUCAACAAGCUGAGGUGCGAGCGUGAGAAGCUCCUCGUGGAGAAGAACCAACUUCAUCAUCUGGAGACCACCACGCGCCUCAGCGUCACAGCACUCAGUGAGCGCGUCUGCGGCAAGGCCCGAGACCUCAGGCCAGAGCAGCUACGACUCCUUGACCCCCAUAGCUCCCUCGUAUCACACCUUGACGCCCUACUCUUGACGCCUCACUCAUCUUCCGCAAUGCCAGCCGAGACUCAAGAACAUUUAGAGAACAUGAGAAUGGACAUGAAGGAUUCCUGAUUUUUUUUUAAAUCAGUUAUUUCUUGUCUUAUUUUUCUUUUUUUUUAUGUCAUAAAUAUGAACUUCCUUGACCAUAUUUGGAAGUGAACACCAGCAUCUAUAUUUGUACGAGGCACAGUUUUGAUCAUUUAAAGCAGGGGUGGGAAAACGUUUGUGUUCAAGAGCCAAAUUAUAUUUUAAAAUACACAGGCGUCAUUCGUAGAAAGUUAAACUGUUUAUGUAUGCUGUAAUCAUUUUGUUAAAUAACAAUUAUUUGUCCUUUUUUAAAUUGUAUCAUUCACCGAACAAUUCAAUUGUUUCAAAAUAUUAAAUAUUUAUUGUUAUUAUAUUAUUUAAAAUUAAUUAAUUAAACAAAUAUUUCAUGAAAUAAAUGAAUAAAACAAAUUAACUAAUUUUAGGAAAAGCGCAAAUUACUGCAGCAAACAUUACAAGAUGUAAAUGCUCCGGGCCGUACUUUGCCCACCCGUGCUUUAACGAGUACACUCACCCAUUAAUGUCCAGCCAAGAGUCAGGAAUUGACAGAUUCUAGUAUAUUUAUAUUCAUUUCUUCAAUGGUUUUUGUUUCUGUUAUUUUUUUUUCUCCUGUAAAUGUUUUACUACCAACUUUUCAUCCUUGGCAACUUUUACAUGUGCAAAUAUGUACGGAUUUACUAUCAAACACAGUAUUUCCAGUUGGACCACUACAAUGUGUGUAAAAGUAGCAACUCAAGUUGAUUUGAAGAAUUGUUGUGUUUUCUAACAACAGUGGUGCCAAAGACGUUUCUUCAUUCUCUUUCCUCUCAAAACACACACAACACUUUAAAUGUUCUAACUUAUGACGUAUAUAGUCACCAGUGUUCAAGUAAAACAAUUAAAAUGUUCA